AUGACUAAAGAAAACAAUACAAAUAAAAACGUAAUAGAUACAACAGAGUCAACAGAUGACUUUAUUAAUAUGUUUAAAAGAUUUCUCCAAAAUCAGAAUCAACUCAACCAAUACCUUGCUAAUACAACCCAACAGCAACAGACAACUAAUGAUCACUUACAAACAUUAGUUACAGAAACCUCAAAUGCAAUAGAAUUAGCAGACGGCUCCCGAUGUGAGUCCAGAGGAAGCGUAUCAAAUGUUGCAAUCACUAUGCAAAGCUUUGUGGAUGUAAGAAAUGACAUUGAAGUACUACCUAUACAAAAAUAUGAUUUAAUUCUGGGAAAACCGUGGCUCUACGACCUAAACCCAAGAAUUAAUUGGAAAAAUAACCAAAUUUCUAUUAAAAAAGACAACUGUAUUUAUAAAAUCAAGGCAGAAGUAAAAGAAGAUAUGAACGAAUAUCAUACAAACCUUUUGUCCAGACAACAAUUUGCCCAAGAAGCAAAGAACACCGCAGAGUUAUACGCCGUAUUCUCCGUAGAAGAUUCUGGAAAAGAAAUUAAAGAAGAAAGAGUAUCAGAGUUUUUAAAGGAAUUAGUAGAGGAAUAUCAAGACGUAUUUCCCGACGAAUUACCUAGGAACUUACCACCAGAAAGAAACAUAGACCAUGAAAUACCGCUACAAGAAGGGACGUCUCCACCAUACGGACCUAUAUAUAAAAUGUCGGUGCCAGAAAUGAAGGAGUUAAAGAAGCAAAUUGAAGAUUAUAUGAACAAAGGAGUUAUUAGACCAAGUACUUCGCUACAAGCCCGUUGGGUUGAAACUCUUCAAGCAUACAAUUUUACCAUUAAAUAUCGACCCGGAAGAAACAACGUAGUAGCGGAUGCGUUGUCAAGGAAACCUGAAGCGAACGCAAUAACAGAAAUUAAUAUUGAAACAGAUAUGUAUGAAAGAAUAAAAAAGGAAUAUGAAGAAGAUACUUAUCUCCAAAGAAUUAUAAAAGCAUUGAAAGACUCUCAAUGCGAAGAAGCUAAAAAACUAGGAAAGCAGGGAGUCCAAGGAACGAAGGCCGUUAUUAAAGGAAAGCUAUGA